AUGUCUAUUGAUUCAGAACACACGUCCUCAGACAAUGGUGGAGAUAGUCUGAGGCCACGGAGCAGUAGGUUUGGAGGAUACUUUUCAAAGCUAAAGCAAGCAAUUGUACGCCUGACGGAACCAACACAUUUUGCACCAACAGAACCAGCAGCACCAAUAGUGCAACCUAACCAAAACGGUGGACAGACUGCACAGGAACAGUCGAAUGAAAUAGAUAUAGCCGAACCAUUACCCACAAAUUUCGCUGUUUCUGAAAAGAGGAAACGGCUUUCGAUACAGGGCCAUCCCACAAAUGAAUCCAUUCCUCGCUCCUUGACUAGAGGCAUGGUACAACCGAGACACACAUCAUAUCUGAAUUUAUAUAACGAGAUGCGGACCAACGAGGAAGAAUCACACAACGACCUUGAACGAAGGAAAUCCGUUAUAGAUUCGUUGGUUGAACCAUUGAAGGAGAGUAGUGUAUUAAUAAGUCGAGAUGAAUCACCGGCUUUGAGUAUUCCUUUCCCGAAUCAGUCAAUUAUAAGAAAUCAGGCAGUAGAGGAGGAUGAGGUGAUUGAAGAGCAACCGCAAGAUGGAGAGGACUUUGAACAGUUGGAGAUUGCUCAAAUUGAUCCAGCAGAGAGAAGCAGAAUAGUACGACUAAAAAGAUCGAUUCAAGAGAUGGAAUUAAUGAGGAAGAAGAUGAGGUAUAUGAAAAGUCCCAAUGAAACAACUACGAUAUCUCAUGGCGACUCAACCAUGGUGGACACAAGCACACAAACAUACAAUAGUGAUUAUUUGAACUCGGCACUAAGUUUCAAAAAAAGAUCGAGCUCUUCGACUUUGGAACAUAACCGGAAUAAGAAAAGAAAGAAGGGGUUUUUCUUGAAGGAGUUGGUGUAUGACGUGAAAAAGCCAGUUGAUGUUGUUACCAGCACUAAUCUCAAGGGCUUUGCGAGUGAGAUUGGCAAGCCUAAGUUUAGAAACCAAGAUGAAAGUAACAAGAAACUGGACUCGAGCGUGAAUCGAGGUGGUGUUGCUUUGGGUCAGAAGUUGUCCUUGUCAUUGGACUCCGAUUACCUAGCCAAGACCCAAUCUAUGUCGGAUAUUAUCAAAUUGAAGGAAAAUUCCUUGAAUAUACCUCCAGGGUCAAAGAUCACAACCACUGCACCAUCAAGCGGAUUCCAAUUCAACAUUGAUGAUAAGAAGUUGCGGGAAAUCGCGGGGGCACAAAAGGAGGGAGCAGGUGCUGAAGAAGGCACCACAAAGAAAGCAGAAGAGCCUAAACAUGUUGGUUUAGAAUUUGAGCCAAAGUCUAACGCAAAUGCGCCAACUGGAUUAUUCCCUUUCAAGACAAGUAGUGCUAGCAUUGGAGACCAGCUGAAAGAGGAAACACCCAAGUCCAGCGGGUUUAAUUUCGGACAGAACACGGAAAAGUCAACAAAGCCCAGUGGUUUCAACUUUGGUCAAAAGAAAGAGGGUGGGGCAGUACCAUCACAAGAGAAAAGUGCAACAUCGAGUAUAUUUGGCAAAGGCAGCACCGGUUUAUUUGGCAAGCAAGAGCAAAACAAAUCCGGUGAUGAGAAAAGUCCAUCUCCUUUCACGUUCAGCACUACAAAAACUACGACAACCACAAGUACCAAUGACGAUACGAAGAAAACGGAGGCAAAUGGGUCUACUAAAGACAGUACUCCAUCUGUUUUAUUUAAUCUUGCUCCAACAAACAAUGCUCCGCUGAGUACUUUGUUCAAUGGAUUUGGUUCGAAAUCGAGUGGUGGCGGUCUUUUUGGCCAACAAAGUAACAACAAGGAUAAUGCUAGUGGCGCUGGAGCAAUUGUUAAUGGUUCUGCUACUCCUACUGCUACUGUUCCAACAGCAAGUGCAUUUUCGGCCAUUGCUCAACCCAACCUGCAAUCGGACAAGGUUAAUGCAGAUGAGGCUGAGGUGGAAGGGGGUGAUACGAAGCGGAAAAGAGCAGCUACUUCAAGCAAUGAUUCCAAACCAAGUGAGGCACAAGCAGUAGUUGGGGCCGAACUGGAUGUAUCCAAGUCGUCGACUCCAAUUUUCAGUUUCAGCAGUGGUGGUGCAAAUAAAGAGGACUCACAGAAGGCACCUGCCGCAUUAGUUCCAACAGCUAAGCCACCUGCUUUUUCAUUUGGAUUCAAUCCUUCGUCAACCUCUACUGCUGACGAUAAGGAAAAACUGAAGUCAACAACGCCUGGGUUAGAGUUUGGCAAAAGUGACACCACUGGUCGAGAAGGUAAAGACAAACCCGCCACGCCAGGUGCCCCGGUAUUCAACUUUGGUAAACCUGCAGGUGGUCCCACCAAGGAAGACGAAACCAAGUCCCAAUCGGCUACUCCAGUCUUUAGUUUUGGUAAGGCAGCCACUUCUACUACUACAGCUACCACCACUGACAAUAAUGUGAAGUCUACAACUUCUGGGUUUAAUUUUGGAAAAAGUGACGACAAAGCCAAGAGCGCUUCACCGGCAUUUUCAUUUGGUAAAAAGACCAAUGAUGAUGGAGAGCAUGCAAGCAGUACUACCACGACACCAGCAUUUUCAUUUGGUAAGCCUCAAGACAAGUCGCAAUCGGCAGCCCCCUUGUUUGCUUCAUUUGGCAAGACGGCAAUGGACUCUUCCAAAGCAAACACUGUGAAUGAAGACAAGGGUAAAUCGCCAUCGCCUGCGUUUACAUUUGGACAAAGUAACAACGAGUCUAAAGAUAAGCCGACUGAUGAUGUAGCCAAGACUGGCACACCUACUCCGACACCAACGACAGCACCCGCAUCAGCAUCAGCGUCAGGCGGGUCCAAUUCGGCUUUUUCGUUUGGUACUUUGGGAACCAGUGCAACUGCAGUUAGCUCCACGACUGACAAACCGGGGACUGCGACAAGCAGCGGGUUCAAGUUUGCACCCGGUGUUACUCCCCCACCUACAUUUGGCGGUGGAGGUGCUGCACCAAACACGGAUUUGUUUGGUGCUAAGCCUUCAGCUGGGGGUGGUUCUGAUAUUGCUGCACCUAAACCAUUCAGUUCAGGUGGGUUUGGCGGGUUUGGAGGUGGAUUUUCGGGAGGAUUUGGAGCGCAGCCGCAGCCGCAGCCGCAGCCACUAGUAGCUCCAUCCACUACGAAUGCGGGCGCGGGUGGUGUAUUUGGCAAUCGAUCUAGCACGCCAACGUUUAACUUUAAUGCUUCUGGAAAUGUGCCAAACAAUGGUGCUAGUGGUGGCAACUCGCAACCCCCAUCGCUGAUAUUUGGAUCUGCAACCAAGUUGAAUAAGGUGCCGCUGUUUAAUUUCACGGGGUCAAGAAGUGGAACUCCAGACCCUGCAAGUGUAUUUGGACAACACACGCAGCCUCAGCAGCAGCAGAGUAGAGAGGGUACGCCGUUUGGUGGUGGUGGUGCUUCUGCUGCUACACCUUCGUUUGGAUUUGGACAGCAGCCGCAACAGCCGCAACAACAGCCGCAACAACAGCCGCAACAACAGCCGUUUGUGUUUGGCGGUAGUCCUCCUCCUGGGCAAGCACCUGUGUUUGGGUUUGGUGGACAACCAGGAACAUCUCCUGGUCCAGGUACAGUUAGUCAACCGCAAGCUAAUCCUAGACGUCCAAGACUACUUCCUAGGUCUAGAAGAAGGUGA